CUGGUGUUCCCUCUUCAACCUUUGCUUCUCCAGGAGCAUCCAGCUGUCUGUGCAACACCCUCUGUCCCCGUGUGACCUGUAGGUACUGGGAGAUCUGUAGGGAGGACACUGGGACAUCCCUGAAGCUGGGAAAUGGAACUGUUGACAUUCCAGGAUGUGUCUGUAGAAUUCUCUAUGGAUGAGUGGGCCUGCCUGGACCCUGCUCAGCAGACUUUGUAUCGGGAUGUCAUGUUGGAGAACUACAGACACCUGGUCUUCCUAGGUCUCACUCUCUCUAAGCCCGACGUCAUCACCUGUCUGGAGCAAAGCAAAGCACCCUGGAAGGUGAAAGCACAACAGACAGUAGUCAAACCGCCAGCUAUAUCUAACCAUCCUGACCAAGACGAUUUGCAAAAUAUUGACACAAAUAUUUUACUCACAGAGAUAAUCCUGAGAAGAUAUCGAAGCUAUGCCUCUGACAACUUAAACUUACCAAAAGACUGGGCAAGUGUGUCUGAGUGUAAGCAGCAGAAAGUAUGUGACAGUGCAUUUGACCACUGUUUAAGGGCUACCCAUACCAAAAUCUUCCAAUGUAGUAAAUAUUUGAAACUCUUCACACAAUUGUCAAAUCUAAGUAGACAUAAGAUGAUAUGUAACAUAGGGAAAACUUUUCCCUGUAUAAAGUAUGGGAAAGCCUCUAACCCAUCCUCAGAUGUUACUAAACAUACGAUAAUUGAUAUUGAAGAAAAAGGGUACAAAUAUAGCAACGUCUUUGAAUCUGACUCAAGCCUGUCUAAGCAAGAGAGAUGUCAUAAUGGAGAGAAACUCUACAAGUGUGAAAAAGAUGCAAAAUGUCUUAACCUCACAUCAAAAUAUUGUAACUAUAAGAAUAUUGAUAGUGGAAGAAAACCCUACAACUAUGAAGACUGUGACAAACUUACCAAGCAGUACUCACAGCUUUCUAGACAUAAAAGAAUUCAAUCUGGAGAGGAACCCUACAAAUGUCAAGAAUGUGGCAAAGCCUUCCACUGCUCCUCACACCUUUAUCAACACCAAAGAAUUCAUUCUGGAGAGAAACCCUACAGAUGUCAACAAUGUGGCAAAGCCUUUAACCAGUACUCAAACCUUUCUAGACAUCAAAGAACUCAUUCUGGAGAGAAACCCUACAAAUGUCAAGAAUGUGGUAAAGCCUUUAACCGGUACUCAAGCCUUUCUGAACAUCAAACAGUUCAUUCAGGAGAGAAACCCUACAAAUGUCAACAGUGUGGCAAAGCCUUUAAUUAUAAUUCAUCCCUUUCUAUACAUAAAAGAAUUCAUUCUGAAGAGAAGCCCUACAAAUGUCAACAAUGUGGCAAAGCCUUUCGCCAAGCCUCACACCUUUCUGAACAUGAAAGAAUUCAUUCUGGAGAGAAACCCUACCAAUGUCAACAAUGUGGCAAAGCCUUUAAACGAUACUCAAACAUUUUUGAACAUAAAAGAAUUCAUUCUGGAGAGAAACCCUACAAAUGUCAACAAUGUGGUAGAGCCUUUACUAUUAGUUCAUCCCUAACUAAGCAUCAAAGAAUUCAUUCUGGAGAGAAGCCCUACAAAUGUCAACAAUGUGGCAAAGCCUUUACUCUUAGUUCAUCCCUAACUAAACAUCAAAGAAUUCAUUCUGGAGAGAAACCCUACAAUUGUCAACAAUGUGACAAAGCCUUCCACUGCUCCUCAUACCUUUCUUGA